AUGGCGGUGAGGUUCUGCAGGGCCGACUCGCGCGCGAGGUCGGGCGCGCCCGCGGCGCCGCAGGAGCUGCCGACGUCGGUGGCGGCCGCGGCGAUGCCGGUGACGUCCGCGAUCAUCCCGAUGAUGUCGGCGGCGCACACCGCCUUCUGGUCGACCACCUGGGGGCAGUCGGAGACGCUCGCGGUGAUCGCGUACGCCACCCAGGAGAGGCAGCUGAUGGCGUUGGUGACCUCUAUCGCGCAGCCCUGGGCGGAAGAGUCGGGGCACCUGGAGUGCGGGCUCGCCGACGCCUGGUACAGCGAAUCGAUGGCGUACCCAAGGCAAGACACGAUGUAUAAGACGUCUAUCACGCACGUUGCCUGCAACAACUUCGACUCAUUCAGUGGCGAUGCGUACGUGCCGUAUGAUAUGUUACUGCUGAGCUCCUCAGCUAGGUCAUCGUAG